UGUGGGCGGCUGGGCUCCUGGUACCUGGUUACCAGGAGGAAUUCAAGGGGUUAGCGUGGCCAUGCAGGAGCAGGCAGUGACCUUGUCCAACAAAAGAGACCUAACCUGAAUGUCACAGCACUUCAGCAUGUGCCGAGCUCUAUAGUAACCAGCCCUGGGAGAGUAACCAACACGCCAGCAAGCCCCAGAGCAACCUAACAGAGAGAUCACUGCAGAAGCUGGAGAGCAGCGUGCUGACCUCAGGGGAGGGGAAGAGUCUUACCAUUCGGGGCAGCUCUGAGGACGCGCCCCCCACCCGCCUGCCCGCCCGGAUCCGAGAGAUCGUCGCCGAGAACCUGUCGCAGCAGGAGAGCCCAGCAGCCUGCCCUGGGGAGAUGUCGUCGCUCCUCUCCCUCCAGGAGGAGAACCGCAUCCUGCAGCAGGAGCUGUCCCGUGUCGAGGACCUGCUGGCGCAGAGCCGGGCCGAGCGCGAUGAGUUGGCCAUCAAAUACAACGCCAUCAGCGAGAGGCUGGAGCAGGCCCUGCGCCUGGAGACCGGGGAGCGAGAGCGGGAGUCGCUGGAGAACAAAGGCCUGGCCCAGCAGAACAUCGAGCUGCGGCGCCGCCUGGAGGAGGAGCAGGCCGCCUACAAACGCAAGCUCCAGGCCUACCAGGAGGGCCAGCAGCGGCAGGCGCAGCUCGUGCAGAAGCUGCAGGCGAAGGUUCUCCAGUACAAGAAGAAGUGCGGGGAGGUGGAACAGCAGCUGCUGGAGAAAUCCACCGAGCUGGAGCAGCAGAGACUCACGAGCCGGCUGGACAUGACGGACUCGCGCCUGCGCCAGGACGAAGAGCACAGCAACGACCUGGAGAACGCACUCAUCCGGCUGGAGGAGGAGCAGCAAAGGAGCGCCAGCCUGGCCCAGGUCAACGCCAUGCUGCGGGAGCAGCUGGACCAGGCCAACACCGCCAACCAGGCCCUCAGCGAGGACAUCCGGAAGCUGACGACCGACUGGACCAAAGCUCGCAACGAGCUGGAGCAGCGGGAGGUGGAGUGGAGGCGAGAGGAGGAGUCUUUCAACGCCUACUUCAGCAACGAGCACAGCCGGCUGCUGACCCUCUGGAGGCAGGUGGUGGGCUUCCGGCGCCACUUCAGUGAGCUGAAGACCAUGAGCGAGAGGGACCUGUCGGAGCUGAACAACGCGCUGUCCAGGUCCAGCCGCACCAUCCACGCCGCCUGCCUGAACCUGAGCAGCAACCUGCGUCUGUCGGAGAGCAGCGCCGGCGCGGCCCUGGAGAAGCAGGCUCUGCUGCAGGCCCAGCUGGAGGAACAGCUGAAGGACAAGGUGCGCGACAUGAUCCAGCUGCAGGUCAGGUGUGACAUGGAGAAAGCGGAGCUCGGCACCAGAAUCGCUGAGACGACGGCCACCAUGGAACGCUUGAAAGCCCAGAACUCGGAGAAGGAGAAGACGAUCGAGACGCUGACCCAGAAGCUGGAAACUCUGGAGGCCGCGCGGGCACAGGAGCAGGCAGCGCUGGAGGCCGAGGAGAUCGAGGCCUUGCGGACGGAGUCGGAGAUGCUCCAGCAGACGCUGCGAGACCUUGCUCAGGCCGUCCUGUCCGACGCCGACAGCGCCAUCCACCUCACGGGCACGGAGCGAACGACGGACGUUUCGGACAGCGACGCCACGGGAUUCAGCCUGCGGGGCCUCUCCUCCAGCCUUCGCACCCCGUCCCCGCUCCGGCGCUCCUCCCCCCGGCGCAGCUCCUCGCCCCGGCGCAGCCUCUCGCCGGCCUUCUCCGACUCCACGCUGGCCGUGGUGCACUCCGCCUUGCAGAAGAGGCAGCUGCAGGUGCAGGACAUCCGCAGCAAGUACGAAGCCAUCCAGGAGCUGGUGGGCUCCCUGAAGAAGCAGCUGGCGGAGAGAGAUCACGAGCGCCGCUCCCUGGAGCAGAAGAUCUUGCAGCUGAAGGACGACGUCGACUGCUCCUUGCGGGCCAAGGACGACGCCGUGCGGGAUGCCAGCCGCUUCCGCUCCUCGGCUGACCUGCUGGGCAGUGAGAAGAGCAACCUGGAGCGAAGCCUUCAGGCCCUGCAGCAGCACGUGGAGGCCCUGCGGCAGGAGAGCGAGAGGCUGCAGCUGGCCAACAGCGACCUGCAGCGGCAGCGAGAUCACCUGGAGGACGAGAAGGAGGACAUCGCGAAGGACAAGGAGCGGGCGCAGAAGGAGAUUGAACGCGGCCACAAACAGCUGGAGCAGCUGGAAGUGAAGAAAUCCAGUCUGAAAAAGGAGCUGAUGCUUGUUAAGGAGGCUCUGAACAAAGCCACCCUGGAGAAGGAGGUGUCUGAGAAUGAGAAGGUGGAGGUGGCGGAGGCUCUUUCCAAGGCGGAGGCGGGCCGGGCCGAGCUGGAGCUGACCGCUAGCAAGCUGAAGGCGGAGGAGGCCUCGCUGCGCGACUCGCUGUCCAAGAUGAGCUCCCUGAACGAGGGGCUGGCCCAGGAUAAAAUCGAACUCAACAGGAUCGUCAGCCAGCUGGAGGAGGAGAAGGUGGCCCUGCUGGGGCAGAAGCAGGAGGUGGAGCAGGAGAAGACCUCGAUCCGCGACGAGUUGGUCCGGCUGGAGCAGGAGAAGGUGGAGCUGGACGCGGAGCGGCAGGGCCUGCAGCACUCCCUGAAGGAUGGGGAGCGGAGCCGGGAGAGGCUGGAGCGGGAGCUGCUGGCCCUGCAGAAGGAGAGGGUGCAGCUGCAGGAGCAGCUGGGGCAGCUGUCCCGCCAGAGGAACGCGGCCGGCGAGGAGCUGGGGCAGGCGCGGCGGGAGCAGGAGCGGCACAGCGAGGCCCUGCUGCGAGCCACCAGGGAGAAGGAGGGGCUGAUGAAGGAGAAGGCCAGCCUGGUGGUGCAGCUGGCGGCGUCGGAGCGGGAGAACAGGGGGCUGGCGGAGGAGAUCGCUGGGCUCCGGUCGGAGAAGGAUGCCUUGGAGACCACCCUCUUUGACAUCCAGCAGCAGCUCUCUCAGCUGGACGCCCGGAAGGAGCAGUUGGAGGCCGACAGCCAGAACCUGCUCCUGGCCAAGGAGAUGCUGCAGGUGGAGCUGGUCAGCGUCCGCAAGCAGAGGGAGGUGGACGUGAUCCGGCUGGAGAGGGACAAGGAGCUGCUGGCUCAGAAGUUGGCUCAGGCGGAGCAGGAGGCCCAGGUCACGCUGAGAAACAAGCAAGCGGCUCACGAGGAGGAUGUCGAUCGGCUCCAGAGGGAGAAGGAGACGGUGCGCCUGGAGUUGGAGUCGGAGCGGGAGGAGCUGCUGCACCGGCUGGGCCACGAGCGGGAGGAGCUGCUGGCCCGCUAUGAGGCGGAGAAGGAGGAGCUGAGCGAGGAGAUCACCGCGCUGCAGCAGGAGCGGGACGAGAGCCUCCUGCAGGCGGAGAAUGAGAAGCAGCAGGCCCUGUCCCUCAAGGAGUCGGAGAAGACCCUCCUGUCGGAGAAGCUGACCAGCGCCCAGCACAGCCUCGCCAGCGUGACCGUGGAGAUGGAGCGGCAGAAGCGAGAGGCCAUGAGCCGGCAGGAGCAGGACCGGAGCACCGUCAACGCCCUGACCUCGGAGCUGAAGAGCUUGCGGGUGCAGUUGGAAGAAACCGUCGCGGCCCACGAGCGGGAGGCCCGGGGGCUGCAGGAGCAGGUCAAGGAGCUGGCCCGGCAGCGGGAAUGCACCCUCCGUGAGGUGGAGGAGCUGAAGACCCAGCUGCGCAUGGUGGAGGAUGCCCGGGACAGCAUCCGGCGGGACGUGAUCGAGGCCCACCGGAAGGUGCGGGAGAGCCAGGAGGGUCACGAGAUCCAGAGGAAGGACAUCCUGGACCUGCGGCGCAGCCUGAGCGACGAGGCCAAGGAAAAGGAGGCCCUGCAGAGAUCCAACCAGGAGCUGCGGGCUGCCAUCAAGCGAACGGAGAGCGACCGCAUCAGCCUGAAGCGGGCCAACGAGGAGAAGGAGCAGAAGCUGUCCAUCCUGGAGGAGGCGCGGGCGGCCGUGGGCAAGGAAGCUGCCGACCUGCGGAGCAGCCUGCAGGAGGUGGAGCGAUCGCGGCUGGAGGCCCGCAGGGAGCUGCAGGAGCUGAGGCGACAGAUCAAGAUGCUGGACAGCGAGAACACCAAGAAGAACAAGGAGGUGGCAGAGCUGCAGGCCCGGGUGGCACUGGACGAGCAGCGGGAGGAGGAGAAUCGGCGGGAAUCCUUCGGCCUCAAGCAGAAGAUCGUGGAGAGCGAAGCCAGCAGGGAGUCCGCCAGGAAGGAGCUCCACAACCUGCAGCGGAAGCUGUCGGAGCAGGAGGGCGAGUUCCGGGUGCGGGAGAAGGACCUCCUGGGCAGCCUGGAGGAGGCCCGCGGCAACGAGAAGAAGCUGCUGGACAACGCCCGCAACCUGGAGAUCAAGUUGGAGCACGCGCAGGCCGAGGCGGCGGAGCUGAGCCUCCGGCUGAGCGCCGCCGAGGGCCGCGCCCACGGCCUGGAGGCCGAGCUGGCUCGAGUGGAGGGUUUGAAGCGGGACGUGGAGUUCAAGCUGGGGAGCCUUCAUUCCGCCCUGAGGCGCACCAUGGGCAUCAGCCGGGGCGGCCGGGCCCCCAGCCCAGCCAUCAGGGGGCGUAGCAGCUCCCCCAAAAGAUUCUUCUCCCCUACCAAAGGUGACAACGCGUACAGCACCACGGACGGGCGCGGCAGCCCCACCCCACGGGCCGGCAGCCCCAGCUCGCGCCCUCUGUCUCCGGAGCGCGCCCUCUCGCCGGGCCGCAGCGAGCAGCUGGUGGCGGAUAUCGACCCUGAAGUGGUGCGGGCCGCCCUCCGGGACUUCCUGCAGGAGCUGCGGGAGACGCAGCGCGAGCGGGAUGAGCUGCGGGCCCAGCUGGGCAGCCUGACCCGCCAGCUGGCCGAGCUGGAGUCAGAGCAGGACAGCGCCAGCACCCGAGUGCAGCAGCUGCAGAAGCUAGUGACUGAAAGCGAGGAAGGGAGGCGCAGCGCGGACGGCAAGCUGAGCAGUGCCCAGACCGCCCUCCUGCUGCAGGAGGAGACCCUCCGCCGCAACGACCGGGAGCGCAAGGCAUUGAUGGACAAGGUGACGGCGCUGGAGCGGAGCCUGCAGUCGGCAGACAGCGACCGGCGAACCACCCAGGAGAAGAUCGGCAAGAUGAAAGCCAACGAGGCCAAGCUGGAGACCGACAAGCGGCGCCUGAAGGAGAUCCUGGACGCCUCGGAGAGCCGCUGCACCAAGCUGGAGCUGCUGCGGCGCUCGCUGGAGGGGGAGCUGCAGAGGGUGAAGCUGGUGCUGAGCGACCGCGAGAUGGAGAUCCAGGUGCUGCAGGAACACGGUGACACGCUGCAGAGACAGGUCACCGACAGCGAGACGAAGGCCAACGCCCUGCAGCUGUCCGUGGAGCGACUGCACCUCACCCUGGCCAAGGCCGAGGAAGGCGAGAGCGCCCUGAAGGACAAGGUGCAGGGCCUGGCCCUGUCUCUGUCGGAGAGCAGCGCCAGCGCCGGCGCCACCCAGGAGAAAGUGCUCCAGCUGCAGAAGGCGCUGACAGCCAGCGAGCAUGACCGCCGCGUGCUGCAGGAGCGGCUGGACGCUGCCCGCCAGGCGGUCUCGGAAGCCAAGAAGCAGAACAGUGGGCUGGCGGACCGGGUCCAGGUGCUGAAAAGCGAGCAGGCGGAGCUGGAGCUGCAGAAGGAGGAGCUCGAAGGGCAGGUCCGGCAGCAGCAGGAGCUGCUGCGCCAGUGCCAGGAGAGCGAGAGCGCGGCCCUGCGGAGCCUGCAGAAGCUGCAGGAGGACAAGCACCUGCUGCAGGAGCGGCUGGGCGGCCUGCAGCGGGCCCUGGCCCAGCUGGAGAGCGAGAAGCGGGAGGCGGAGCGCUCCUCCCUGCGGCUGGAGAAGGACAAGAUGGCCCUGAAGAAGACCCUGGACAAGGUGGAGCGGGAGAAGCUGAAGACGCACGAGGACUCGGUGCGGCUGUCGGCGGAGAAGGGCCGGCUGGACCGUUCCCUCAACACGGUGGAGCAGGAGUUGGCAGAGGCUCAGCGACAGAUCCAGCUGCUCGAGGAGAACCUAAGCAUGGUUAGAAGGACGCUAACGUGUUCCUGGGCUCAGGUAGCGGAGAUGGAGCAGACCCAGUCCCAGAGCCUGGUGGAGACGGCCACCCGCCACCGGCAGGAGCUGCAGCUGGAGAUCGAGCGGCUGCGCGGCUCCCAGCUGCAGGCGGAGCGCACGCUGGAGGCCAGGGAGCGCGCGCACAGGCAGCGCGUCAAGGGGCUGGAGGAGCAGGUGAGCUGCUGGACAUCGACUAGCCGCGCGAUCCCCUGCCGCCAGGGUCCCUACAGCGCCCCCUGCUGGGAGAGGCUGGGACUGGAGCAGCUAUCUCCACGCUGAAGGAUCAGCUGCAGCAGGAGUUGCGGCGGUGCCAGACCCAUUACUCUCACUCCUCCCUCCUCUCGGGGAACUAGGCUCCCUCCCUCUCCCUACCGCCACUGUGACCAAGGAGCCUUCAGUCCUAAGCACCCUCCGGCUUGAUGCUCCAGCCCUGUGGCAGGGACAUUGGGUUUGUAUAGAGGGGCGAUGCCCCUGCCAUCACCCUCCCCAUAGGGCCCUGUGGAUUCCCUGAGUGCCCAGCCCUUUACAAAAGACCAGCACGCGCCCACGUUCCCCUGAGUGUGCGUCAAGUCGGGUUGACAGGGAAUCGGGGAGCGUCUCAGCGCUGCUACUUGGCCUUCUCCACGAGUGUAUCGUUGCGGAUACGCUACGAAUGGAAACUAAUCAGUGACAACGGGCAGCCUGGCUCUGAUUUUUCAGCCACGCUGAGCACCCCCCCGCUCAAAGCACAGUCCAUUGGCGCUGGGGGUGCCCAGCGCCGGGCAAUCAGGCCCCGGGUGGCUUUACUCAGAAGCCACCUUCAAUCCUUUUGUAGCAUCUUUCCAACGGCGGGCGAAUUGUUACACUGGAUAGCAGCCACCUUCCUUUUGAAGCGGGGAUAGAAGGUAACAGUGGCUAGUCUUCAGAGCAGGGGAGUGAGGACUCCUGGGUUCUAUUCCUGACGCUGAUGCAUCGUAUGAUUGCCUCACUCUGUGCCUCAGUUUCCCCCUCUAAUUCAAGGCUAAUAAUACUGACCUCAUAGAGGAAUUCUGAGGCUUAACUAAUUACCAUGAUGCGCUUUGAGAUCCUCCGCUGGAAAGUGCUCUGGAGUGGGGUUAUUCGUAAGCAAUAUUAUUAAGUUUAAUAGAAACAGUGGCUUCUUUGUCCAGAGGGUCAUGCUGGGGGCUAACAUUUAAAAUGCAGCGCUGAAGAGGGGAGUGCAUUCACAGGCCGACGACUGAAUGCCCCUGGGUGACUGGAGUCCGAACAUGGGCUCAGGCACCAGUGAAAUGGGUUUGCUGAUCUGUGUCAUCCCACGGCUAUUUCAUUAACCCUGAAAGGCCCCUUUAAGCAAAAAUAUAUUUUGGGGGUAGGUGGGGACCAAAAAAAAAAAAAUCUACAACCAUCCUCAACUAGGUCCUGCAAAACCAGUGUUUGCCUUCCCAGCAAGGACACUUCUGCCAUUCCAUUUUUUUUAAAAACAGCACUUUCCUAAGCGUAAGAUGCUAAUGGAGGAGAAUGUAUAUUUGAUACCUGUCAUUUUCUACUGCAGUUUUUACUAGGGGUUUGGAAACUUUUCAAGACUUUGUCCUAACUCUUCGUAUGAAACCUGCUUCUGCAGCUCUGGUUUAGCCAGUGUGUUGCCCAGAAAACCCAGAACCUUUUGUAGAAAAUGGGAAGAUGUGUUUUAUCAAGGAUUUGAGUUGGGUGCUCUGCUCUAUGCUGGCCCUCCCUGUUGGUUUCCCUUCGAGCAGAGACGGGUCAGUUUCACAGAAUGCUAGUCUAAGCAGCUGUUGAUUUUUGAAUGUUUGCUCCUCCUUUCCAGUAGCCAGCAGCCUCAUGCCCUGCAUGGGCAUGUUGGCUGAGAACGUGCCCCUAGUGUCGCUGUAUGUCCAAUACCAUCUCAGGGCCCCCGCUCCUCCUAGCGUCCUGUUCACACCCAGUGCCUACACUGGGACGACUGUGUAGUAAGCAAUAUGUGCUCUAAGUACACCCUGAGCCCCUUGCUGCUUCCUGAAACCAGUAGGUGAACAAACUCCACCCUCAGAGCUAGAGUCAUUCUUUGUGCCUGCCAAAGCCUAGUUUAUUGCACCGCUAGUUAUCAGGGAGGGGAAAGCUGAAGGGCCCUGAAACCCAGAAGAGCCAAGAUAACUGGGUUAGGGGACAAACUGAACCUGAAGAAGUUCCUUUUCCACCAUAGCAACGAGUUGAGCAUUAGUGUCCCUUAGAGUUAGCAGCAGACUCUGUACUUGAUCCAGCCUUGGCCUUUGUGUCUCGUUAAAGAGCCACUGCCCACUUGAGCACUGAUGGCUGAAAAGUUUUAACUUAUUACAGGUAACACCAAGCUCAUCAGAAUUUAUUUUACUCUUAGUUUGGUUUGUGCAUUUGACAGCACUGUGUGUUUAGUCAGUUUCAUUGUGGCGGUUGUUUUACGGGGGGUUUUAAGAUCGGAAAGUGUGAUUGUUAAACGUCAGGCCUGUGAACCAGGGGCAGCACCUGAAACAUCAUCACUCAGGUUUUCGAAACUGAGCCGAUUCCAGCUUGUCCCAGACCCAAAUCCUCCUCCAGUGGCCCUUGGCUCUGCCAGUUCGGUUGAUGAGCAGCACUGUCUAGGCUAAUGACAGUAGCAUCUCUUCAGCCUUCUCCGGUUGUGUGUCAAAUGAGAGAAUCGGCUGCGGAAGGGCAGCCGUAAAAUUAGAGCAGGAGAAGGAAAUGCACCUAGUGGAGGUGGCAUUUGCAGGGAACUUUUCUCUAAUACCCACUGGCCUGGCUUUCUUGGUAAGGUAACUAGAAAGGCACCGAGAGGGCUGGGAAGAAACUCUGCAUCAGGCGGCAUGUUCUGAUCUUAGCCCCCAGCACUAGUGUAACGUAACCCCCACUAGCACAGAGUUCUGCAGCCCCGCUAGACAGUGCAGUUGGAAAGGAGGAAGCCAAAUUAACUCCAUGGGCAGAAGUGAGGCUAGCUCACUCAGCCAUAGCAUAAGCUGUUUACUUAGAAAGCCUGGCCAAGCGCUAGGUUAGCUGGGGCCCACGAACGCUGGCUACUUGAGAAUGGGGCAACUGGGCUCUGUUCACUGGAUUAAAGUACAGUUCUGCUCCUAGCAGAGCCGCUCAGCUCAGCUGUGCUCCAUUCACAAGUCAGCUGCCCUCACUUUUGCUCGAGGCUUUGAGUCAACCUGGGCCCUUUCCCUCGCCUGCAUCAGCACUAAUGAUUCGGCAGGACCCCCCACCCGUGUCUGGCUGUGCUCACUGACGCAGGUGUAACUGAUUGGAAUUCAGCAAACGGCUCUGACACAGCCCAAGGAAGCCAGACUGCAGCUGUCUCUUUCGCACUGUAUUAGCCCUGCAGGAGCCAACACUUAAUAAAAAAACACACACACUAAAAAGCAGCAGCUGUUACUCUUCAUGAGAUCAGGCCCCUUUUAAAGCACACUUUCAGGCUGUAGGUUUUUUAGUCCUUUCACGCCUAGAAACAUUCCUCUCCCAGCUGGUCUGUGACACUAAAUUGAAAAGGCAGAGGCUGACUGCCUACAGCAGCAGCAGCGCGAUGAGGGCGUUAGUGAAAUCCUGGUUCUUUAGCACAAGAUUUUUCUACAGGUGGGUGGAUGGGUUUGUUUUUAAAGUGAUCAAGUUUUCUACUAGAAAUUCUUACUUUUCUUUCGUUCUCACUUGUGUAACAAUCAUGCCAGGAAGAGUUUAUUUUUUUUUUUAAUAGAUUCUAUUGGUACUUUUUUGAUGAAUUUGGACAUUGGGGGAGGAAAAAGGAGAGCUUGCCCCACACUUGGUUGGUGCUGCGGGGGAAUGUCAGACUGUGUCUAGCUCACCUUGCAUUUGAAAUCCCUGGUGGUCACUUCCCUCUAAGCUGAGGCAAUGGAAAGCCCAACCAGGGAACUCUGUGUCUCUGGGUCAGAGUUUUAAACAUUUCCAAAGUUUGUAUAAAUGUUUUACAGAGGGAUUUUCAAAAAAAAUAAAAAUCACACUACAGACAGGACAUUGCUUCAGCCUGUCUCCCCGCCUUUGCUGUCAGGGAGCGGCACCUGGUCCAGAGUUGCAUUAAACAGGAAGAAAAAAAGUG